UCCAAUAUGGCCGGCUUCUAUUGCCAAGCUUUGUAGAUUUUAAAUAUCACCUAUUAUUAUGCUAUCAGUGUUUAAUAUAUUUAACAGUUCACAAGUUUCGAUACAAAAUAUGCAUUUAUUUAUUACAUAAUUUCGCGAGUAUUUGAUUUAGUAUUUAAGAAGAAACAAAUACUCGAGAACACAUCCUUACAGUUUGUAAACAUUUGGUUAUCUAGAAAAUGUUUGAAAGUGAUGAUUGGGAUCUCGAUCAGGAUUUUCCGAAUGACGUGGAUGAUAAAUCAACCCAACUUUAUUCUGCAACGGACAAUAAUGAAAGCGAACCGAAAAGACGUAAGAUAGACAUUUUUAGUGAUCCCAUUUCUUCAAUUGACAAUGAUGUGUGUGAUGUCAAGAAUGUAAAAAAAUGUGACGAGGAUAAAGUAUCGAGAAAGAAUUUAAUUCUUAGUAUGUUUAACAAGAAUUUGCCAGACAACAAUAUUUCUCAAGGUCUGUUAAGUAAUUCAAAAAAGUCCACUGAAAAUAAUUCAUUAAAAUCACACUCUGAAUAUAUACAGAGCAGUGAAAAUAGUCAAUUACCUAGGAAAAAUUUAGUGCUUGGAAUACUUAAUAAAAAAAAUGUACAGGAUAAAGUUGCCAAAAAUAAUAUAAAGAAUUUAGAAUCACCUAAGACUGUACCAAAAAUUAAAAGCAAUAGUAACAUUAAUCUACAACAACAAGGAUCUACAUUUCUAAAUAAUAAUAUAAAAUGUCAAACCCCAAAAGAGAACAUUAAAAAAAACAACUGUUUAAAUAAUGACAACAGUAAACAGAUAUCAUCUGAGCUAUCUAGAAAACAGUUAUUGUGUAACAUAUUGAAACAACGAUCUGUAGAUAAUGCAGAAUCUAAAAAUAAGGCUGCAAUUAAACCUCCACAAGUACAGACGAAUAAAAAGAUGACAAUAGUCAGAAGGUUUCCUGGUCCAGCUGGUUUACUACCCGAUGAUAUAGAUGCCAGUGUUUCUGCUAUUUCAUACUUAAAUAGUUUGGAAGAAAAUGAAGCUGUAGUGGAAACAAACGACACUGAUCUACCUGAAUAUUGUUCUCAAAACACAAAAGAUCUCUUCACAGAAGGUGCUUGGCAGUUGAUGUUAAAUGAUUUGCCAGAUGGGUUUUUAAAAGGAUAUGAAAUUGCUACUAUUAAACAAAUGGCAAAUGCAAAUGGUUACAGUAGCACAAAAAUUGAAUUUUUGGCAGGAAUAGUAGAGCGCAUAGAUCAUAAUCAUGAAAAUCCUCCUAUUGUAUUAAAAGACUUUACAGGUACCAUUCAAGGAAUUGUACAUAGAGACAUACCACUUAAAUAUCCUGGUUUAUUAGAAUCAAAUGUUGUCAUAUUGCUAUGUGAUGUAGGCUUAUUAAAAAUUUCUGGUUCCCUUAUCUCGAAUAAAUAUCAAAUUUUAAUUGCACCUUCAAGUUUGUUAGCUAUUUACUCUAACAAGGGUAAAAUAGAGCGGACACAUUAUAUGGAAUCAGUUUUAGAAGAUGUUACAAAUGGUAAAGUAGAAGAUGAAGAUGAGAUAGAUCAAAUUCUUACAAGAGCUCUAGAAGAAGAAUCAUUAAAAAUAGAGCAUACUAACAACAUUAAGGGAACAAUGAAUUCUACAAAAAGUACACAAGAUAUUAAUACAAAAAGUUUCAGUUGUAGUACAGAUGUAAACAAAACAUUUGGGAAUAUGAAAAAAUCAAUGAAUUUUGAUUCCAUAAAUGAUAUUUCCUUUUCAGUUUCUUCCAAAAAAAUUACAGAUACUCAGAAAAAGGAUUUUACUAAUCUAGAGUCUAAAAUUGUUAAGCAUAUAAACGAAGAAAAGAGGCAAUUAAUAUCAAAUAAAAAGGAAACCGUGCAAAAUGAUGUUCAACAAAAAUCUGAAACUUUAUUACAAUCUUUAAAAAAAUAUUCUCCAAAUGCAAAUGCAAGUAAAAAGUUUUCCCAUAAUUCAAAAAUAUUGCAAAUGGAUGUUGAUCAUCCAGUGUCUGUAAAUACCUGUACAGAAAAUGUUGAAACAAAAAUGUUGAAUGAUAGGGUUCCUGAAAAAAUGGAUGUUGAAGAAUGUGAUGUAAAUAUCUCACAAGAAACAGAAGCUGUGAUCAAACGGUUACAUACUCCUUGCUAUGACGAAGCUGAAAAUAUUCAAUAUAAUACUGUGAAAAAGAAUAAAAUUUCAGUUAGAUCGCGACUAAUGCAGUUUAAAAAUACAAAUACGUUAACCCAAUCACAGAACGCUGAUUCUAAGUCUCUACCAAAUUUAAAGAAUGACAACGAAUUACUUCAAGAAAAUAAACUGGCAAAAAUUCCAAAAUCUUCAUCCAAUGUAACACUUUAUAAUAGUACUGAAAAUGAUUCUGAUGAUGAAAUAUUGUCUCAAUUAGAUAUGGACGUUAUUUUUAGUAAUUAUAGUAAAUAAAAUUAGUUAUUCUUGAUACGAUUUUGUGGAAAAUUGUUGUAUCCAUUAAAAAUCGAGAAUGUAUAAAAGUAGUAGAUCAUAUUUUAAAAUCAUGAGAUUGUGAAAGAUUAAAUUUAUAGUUCUUGCAUCACGAAAGUUGAACACUAUUUUAAGAACAGUAAGAUGUCUGUAAAUAUUCCUGAUUGAAAGUUUGAAUAAAAAAAUACAUAUAUAUUUUGCAUAAAACCCAAGUGCUUUGAAUUCAUACCAAUAAUACUCCAACAAGUAUAAUCUAAAAAUGAACAGAUAUGCUGUAAGUAUUGAUAAUUAAACUUAGCAUUAUUUGAUGGUUACUCUUAACAGUUUUGCUUUUGACGAGAACUACCUUAUUCAAAUUAUAUGUAUAUUACGAACAGAUGGGACAUUACAAUUCCAUAUAAAAUUUCUAAAUAUCAUCAUAAUAAUACUGGCUAAAUUUGCAUAGUACAGAUGAAUCAGCCAGCAAUAAGGCCGAGAUAAUUUAAUUGUUAGUGUACCAAUGCAAUUGAAGGUUUUUUAAAGCAUUUCUUCGCAUAGGAGUACCGUAAUAUAGAACGCAAACGAUAGUAUCUACGUACAAUAUUUUUUCUUUCCCAGUAUCAAGUGCCACUGAAAUCUUCAUCGAUUAAGAUCGAAAAAUAACCGAUGAUAUAAUCUAACGACGUGACCCUACGAUCAAAAAGAUUUCAAACAGCUGAAACAUUGCUUGAUAAGUUAGUUUAUUUUUAUUCGGCGAUUGCUUUGAAAUUAUAUUAAUUCCGUGUCAAGAGGAACAAUAUACGAAAUCUGGAAAUAUCGUAAGAGAUUAAAUAUUUCAAGGACAGACGAAGACACAGACUGGUAUCAGCAAUGAUCUCAAUUUUCCUAACAUUAGCCUGGAUAUCAGCCCUCAUCGAUCACGAGCGUAGGAUCAAUGAUCUCAAAUUCAUAGAUGAGAUCUCCGUGACGUGGUUUGUGUGUACGCCAAUGCGGAUCUAUUGGAUCAACCUUGAUGUACCCUGAUUAUCCGAUGGUACAUCUAGGCGCACGAUCGUGCGAUUAUGAAGUGCAAUUUACUCACAUUAGUUACGUGAGACAGACAUCUAUACGUUACAAUAAAAUCGCACGAUAUACGAGAAUGCGUAUGACAAUAGGUAAAUGAAAACUGGCGGUGAUUCGUGACAAUCACUCGGGCUGAAAACUUGUUUCACAUAUAACGUACGAUACAAUAAUAUUUCUUUACGAUAAAGAAAAUAACAAACAUUAAUUAUUUCACGAUUGAUCUUAUCUAGCGUACUUUGAACUCUAGUGAAAAAUUACAUUGUCGUGAUUAAUGACUCGUCGUUUCUUUUUUAAGAAACUACUUCUAAACGCCCUCUACAUAUAUUCAUGAAAUCUUUCGAUC